AUGAGUUUGCAAUCUCCUGAAGACGCGAUACCAUGGGUGGGGUUGUAUACUGCUCUAGCAUCUUUUCUAUGCCUACUUGCAAUGGCAGCCGAUCUUGCGCGUGGGUUUUGGCGAUGGAAAUUAUGGUUUCCAAACAGGUUUUUCACUCUUAACGCUGCUACUCUAACGCUUAUCGCAAUAGCAAUGAAGUUGCCUGUCGAUCUUACCACUAAAAUGUCUAGCAUUGAAGUUUCUACAUCAAAGAAUUGUAGCAUAUCUUUCUUGGUCACCAUGAUAGCCAAUUUUUUACCUUCGUUAGGGCUUAUGAAUGACAAAGAGCUUCUAAUGAACAUCGUGGCUUUGGAAAUCCUUGUCGUCACGGUUGUUGUAAAUAUAUUGAUCCAAACUUACACCAAUGCGCUUUUUGUACCAUUUAUUCCUGUAUUGAUAUUUCCCAUUCUAUGGCCAUUUUCAGUAGCUACGGCAACUUCAACAUUUAGAAAAAAAACAGAACAUCAAUAUAAUGAGUCGCAACGAUUGGUUUCAUGUCGUCAAGAGAAAAAGUUUUCCUACAAGCAACUAAGAAGUUAUGUAAAAAAGUAUUGGAUGAUGGUAGAAAGUUGUGACCCCCAACUUGUGAUUGCUUACUCACCAAUUUCUUCUGCCUGUGGGGAUAUAUGCUUAGGCCUUGCUAUCAUAUCAGGUUUGUAUUUGGUAUCAUUUCUAAGUACGAAGAAAGAUGAGUUUUUCGGUACUUCAGAUUAUAAGUGGUCGAUCAAGGUAAUAAUUUUCGUUCAAUCAAUUGGAGUUGCAAUAGGUAGUAUUGCGCCACUUUUUAGAUUUUUCACAUCAAAUGGAAAUUACAUUUUCUCUAAGAAAUGGAGCAAGAACGAGUUAAAUGUUUUCCUAGUUGAGAAACAUUGGGUCCAAAGACUUCAGCAAUGGAAACACAACCAUAUCCAUUCACAUAUUCUAGGCCGCGAGUGUAAUAUAGUAUUGCAUAUACUAAAAAACAUCGUUUUGAACUUGUUAAUAGCCCUUCAUAUUACGGUUUUGGUUAUAUGUAAGAUCAUAUGUCUCGUUCCAAGAUUUUUUCUUAUAUUACUCUCGUGUUGUUGGUAUUUCUUCAAGUCGUUUUUAAACAUGUUUAAAAAGGUAGAAAAUGUAUCUAAUACUAGCAAUGCGAGCUCAGAAAUAGAAGAAUAUAGAAGAUAUGUGGUACAAAUUGAAGAUGAAGCGAAACUUUCAAAGAGUAUAUUAAGAAAUAUGUUACAUUAUAUAAGUCAAUUACUUAAAGAAUACGAAGAGAAAGAGCCACGAAAGCUUAUGAAACUUCUAGAGAAAUCUACAGGAUUUAGUGGCGUAUUAGAGUUCGACAAUACUAAAGUCCCACCUUUAUGUCCAGAAGAAACCCACAACUGCUGGAGCCUUAUACUAGUAACACUGACAUCAACUGCCAUUGCACUUCCAAACAUUGGGAAUGAUCAUUUCAAGGGGUUGCUUUCCGGAAUGAAGGAAGGCCUUCAAUUAGUAAGACAUGUUGAAGAAUGUCUCAAUGUAGAUGACGACUUAGUAAACGCAAGAAAAGCUUCAAGACAUGCAUGGACAGAAGUUGAAGUAUAUGGCACGUGGCAACGAAUUGAUCUUCAAAAGAAGGCUCGUAAAGGGAAAACGUCAAAGGAGAUUCUUAAAUGGUUGGGUCAUGAAGCAGCAAAACUUGUGAUACAGUUUAAGAGCAACAAGAAUACAAGUACAUAUCACUUAGUUAAUAAGUUCAUACCCGCAAGUUCCAUGUAUAGAAUCAGUGAGACCGUGUUGUUGUACUGCAAUGAGAAAGAAAAUUGGCCUCGUGAUGAAGAACUUUUUGAAUGGAUAUCAACUAUAAUCGCAGAUUUGUUACUCGCUUGCUUUACGAACUUGGAACGUGUAAUAAAAGCGAAGUGCCAUCACCAUGCAAUAGAGAAAAGGGGAGACAACAUCCGAAUUGCAGCCCAACUUCUUGGUAAAUCUAAAAAUAUCCUUAAGAUCCUUAAAGAACGUCGGCUUCCUGACAUAGAUCAACACUCGAUGGCAUACAUUGAUAAGUGGCGUGCACUACCAAUGAGUCAACUAUCGAAUGGUGUUCACAAUCACAUACUCAAUGAUGGAGCUUCUUCGGGUGGGGUUCAACGUGGUCCUCCAAGUUUUAAUGUAUCGCACGUAGUAAGUAUUAUGUAA